AUGGCGCAACUAAAUAUUUUUGAUUUACCGGAAUUACUAGAACAGAUCUUAUAUUUUUUAAAAAUUGAUCGAUGCCUUUAUCCUGUUUUAUUCGUCAACCACCUUUUGUAUCACUGCGGUGCUCCUAUUCUAUGGCGAGAUAUUGAUUUUUUCAUAGAUUGUCAAGGAAACACAUAUAAUAACAAUUCAUCUAGAGAUCUUUAUUGGCGAUUAUUGAAGUUUAAAAGAGUUAUGUGUGAAAAGAUAAAGCCACUCUAUUGUUCAAAGAUGGUAUAUCUUAGUUUGGAAGGUUUAAAAAUCUCAGAUGCUUUGAUCAAAAUUGCAAAAUUUUGUCCAAAAUUAAUACACUUAAGUCUUAAUUCAUGUAAAUGUCUCACUAAUCAAUGUAUCACUGAAAUUACUCGCUCGUGCCCAAAACUUAGACAUGUUGAGCUUGGUGAUUGUUCGAUCAGUAAUAAAGCUGUCGAGGAAAUAGCCCACAACUGUACUAAUUUGAAAUAUCUUAGUUUGGAGGGGUGUAAAGGGAUUAGCGAAGAAGCGAUGAAAAAACUUAAUCCUAAAAUUAAAAUCGAAUAUCCUGAUUAUUCCGAUGAUGAUUUCUCGGUUUCUGAUUUACCUCCACUUAUUCCAAUUUCUACAUUCAGGGAUUAUAUCAGAGAAGUGUCAGGUCCAACUAACCCAGAACGAAUUAAUUUAUUAAAUAGUCUCGCUCGAGUCAUUGAUCAAGGAUUACAUCGAUCGUGGCAAGGGCUUUAG